CCAGCUGGUCAGCAUGUUUAGGAGAGACUUGAGACCUGAUUCCUGGUUCUUCAGCUUUCUCGUUGGUCUGUGCAGGAGUCUCCUUGCCUUUGCAGCCCUUGCCAAGAACCAGACUUCUGAAGGUUUUGCUCCUGUCACGAUUGAGACCCCCAGACACACGUACGAAUAUGUGGCCACUGCUCUGGACUGGUGGCAGGCUGGCAGGUACUGUGAGCAGCGCUUUGCCCAGCUGCUCUUUGAACCCCAGGACAGUGAGCAAGGCUCCUUCAGCAAACUUCUGCAGUCCCACCACAUCAGAGGUUCUGUCUGGCUGAAGGAAAGGGACAGUGUCCUGCACAAAACAAAGAGGAGACGUGGCCACACUGUACCAGUCCUGGUAUUCAGAGACAAAACAGACACAAAAUACGUGAAGGUGCUCUCUGACUUCCCGGCCCUGCCUGCUGUCACAGCAUGUGCCCACCUGCAGUGGGACACCAGGACCCAGGAGAUCGCCACCAUCUUCUCCUACGCCGUGCCUGCUUUCAUGAACGAGUUCCAGCUCCGUGGCUUUGUGGAUGAGGAGGGCUUUGUUCGGUUUGCUCUCAUAGUGCACGGGCACCACUCCCCUUACCUGCCUGUGUUCCAUGCUGAUGGGCAGUGGCAUCACUUCUGUGUGACCUGGCAGCAGGAAAAUGGCACCUGGGCCAUCUAUGCCGAUGGGAAAAGGAGAGCAUCUGCCAGUGGUCUGUGUUCUGUGGGGACGCCUGCCCCCCAGGCCAUCUUUGGCCAGGGGACCUUCAUAAUUGGGCAGGAUCAGGAUUCCCUGGGGGGCACCUUCAGGGCAAAGGAGUCCUUCAGUGGGAACAUCACUGACUUGCACAUCUGGCAGAAGGUCCUCAGCACAGAGCAGAUUGAGAAGGUUCGCUCGUGCUGGGUGCUAGAGCAAGACCUCGUUUUUGGGUGGAGCUCAAAUGCCCUGGAAGUGGAGAGCACCGUUCAGGCAGUGACCACACAGCUUCUUUGCCCAGGGCCUGUUGAGGAAUGCAGAGUCCUGGAAGUUGGCAGCAGUGUGUUCAGUUAUACAUCUUGUCUGCAGACUUUGCCUUUCAUCUGUCUCUACAGCAAGGAUGCAUACUGGCAACUGAAGAGAGCUCAGCUGGAGUCCAGUCACUCACUCACCAGCCGUGUGAACAGCCUUGCAGUGAGAACUGUGAUUCCUGACAGUGUCUUCACGAGUGAUGUGCAGGACAUGAACCUCUCCGUGGCUCUUGAUGCUCUUGAUAUCUUGGCAACUGUUCUGAGAGGAGGAGAAGUGCCCGUGCUUGAGCCAUCUGACCUCCUUGCAGUGAUUCAGUUACUAAAGCAAGUUUCAGAUAUGGAAAUCCAGGAGGGAGAUGAGCUGGAGAUGUUGGAGCAGUUGGGCCAGUAUUACAUGGAAGUGACAGACUUAAUUCUGGAAGAGCAGAACAGCAGGACGUGGUCAUCGAUCAGCCAGGUCAUCAGGGGGCCCAUGGCUGUCGUUGAGCUCUGUGACAGAAUGGUGUCACUCUUGGUGCCACUGCUGACCCCAGAGAGGACAAAGAUCAUGAUCCAACAUGGGAAUAUCGGGCUGGAGGUGAGGGAGCUGGAGCUGAGCGAGCAGGAGCUGAGUGCUGAGGCGUAUGUGGUCCAGACCCCCGAGAAAGGCAGGCACGACCUCAUCGAAGUUCCUGCAGAAGAAAUGCAAAGGCUGAAAUCCAGAGGUCUCUACAGGGUCACAGUGAAGAACAUGUGGUUUGGCUACGGCUCCCUGCAGCGCUGCCUGUCCGCCAGCGCCGUGUCCCGGAGCGUGGCUGUCUCUGACGGCGGACAGAAGUCCCUGCGCACCGCGGUGGGCACGGCUGUGAUCUCAUCCACUCUGCUCAGCGACUUCCAGGAGAUCAGCACGUCCGUGCGCUACCGCCUGCAGCACCGUGUCCAGGACCUGCCCAAUACUCUGGUGGGGCCCAUCUGUGCCUUCUGGAACUUCAGCCUCAGCCCAGAUGCUGGUGGGAUGUGGUCCACAGCUGGCUGCUCUGUGGUGAUGUCUCUCCCAGACUCCACUGCCUGUUUUUGCAACCACACCACGAAUUUUGCCAUCCUGCUGCAGGUGUACGAGAUGCAGAGGACCACCAAGGAGGAGUUCACACUGCAGACUUUGACUUUUAUUGGAUGUGGAGUUUCCUUCUGUGCCUUGAUAGUCACCUUCAUUUUGUUCCUGGUAGUUCGCGUCCCCAAGAGCGAACGAACAACUGUGCACAAGAACCUGAUCUUUGCACUGGCUGCAGGAGAAGCUCUGCUCAUGUUCAGUGAGUUGGCCAAGACCAACCAGGUGCUGUGUUUCGUGGUCACUGCCCUCCUGCAUCUCUUCUUCAUGGCAGCCUUCUCAUGGAUGCUGGUGGAGGGGCUUCUCCUCUGGAGCAAAGUGGUAGCAGUCAACAUGAGCGAAGACAGGAGAAUGAAGUUCUACUACAUGACAGGCUGGGGGCUUCCAAUCCUCAUUGUGGGGGUGACCCUCGCGACUUCCUUCAACAAGUAUGUGGCAGCCAACCACUGCUGGCUGAACGUGCAGACCAAUGUCAUCUGGGCCUUCGUGGGGCCUGUGCUCUUCAUCCUGGCUGUGAACACCUUGGUGCUGCUCCGGGUGCUGACGGUGACCGUGGCCAGCGCCCGCAGGAGGCUGAAGAUGCUGACCCCCAACAGCAGCCUGGAGAGCCAGAUUGGAACUCAGAUCUGGGCCACGGCCAAACCCGUCCUGGUGCUGCUGCCCGUGCUGGGGCUCACCUGGCUGUGUGGGGUCCUUGUGCACCUCAGCAUCGUCUGGGCCUAUGUCUUCAUUGUGCUGAACUCCCUCCAGGGCCUGUACAUAUUCCUGGUGUAUGCAAUCUACAACAGCGAGGUGAGGAAUGCCAUCCAGAGGAUGAAGGACAAGAAGAAAGCCCUCUCGUUCACAAACUGCUCUCAUCCCAUCAACUACUUAUCCAGUCCAAGAAACACGACCUCCUGGGAAGGGAAGCUGAGUCCUGCAGCUGGGAGUGCCCUGCCAAGCCCUGUGCAGAGAGAGCCUCCAGUGAAGAGCAUCACCAGCAAAGGAAAUUUUGGAGCCAAAAUUCCCAUUGGAAUUUCAUCAAUUAUGUCACCCGAGAGACCGGCCGUGGAGCUGACAGCGUUCAAAUGCUCAGUGUCUGAGCAGGGCAUCCUCAGACUACUUUCGGGAUGAUGCCAUCCAGAAGCAGUGCAGCUUUCCUCCCCACACUGGAGACAUGAGAAAGGCAGAGAUGGUGGCACCCAGGAGUCUCUGUGCAGCAUUUUGGGUUUCUGA